ACCAUCUCUCUCUCUCUCUCUCUCCCCCUCUGCUGCUGCUGCUGAGCUGCCAUGGCCGCCUCCACGUUCCACUGUUCGACUUCAUUACGCUCCCCCGCCAUCCAAAACCCAAUGCUCUCGCCUCUCAUCUCCCACUCUCCGCAAAAUCUCUCAUUCCCUUUCCGAUUGCAGCAGCCCCAACGGGGACUCAUCGUCGGCCUUCCAAAUGUUCCUCCUCGCAGCCUCAAGAUCCUCUCCGUUCGCGAAUCCAAAGCUCCGGCGGUUACUGGAGACUCAUGGGACAAAUCAGUCAUCAACAGUGAGACCCCUGUCCUCGUUGAAUUUUAUGCGAGCUGGUGUGGGCCGUGUAGGAUGGUGCACCGGGUGAUUGAUGAAAUUGCGGCUGAAUAUGCUGGGAAGCUCAAGUGCUAUGUGCUCAACACAGAUGUUGAUUUGCAGGUUGUUGAGGACUAUGAAAUUAAGGCUGUGCCUGUAGUUUUGCUGUUCAAGAAUGGGAAGAAAUGUGACUCUGUGAUCGGUACCAUGCCGAAGGAGUUCUAUGUUGCUGCCAUUGAGAGGGUUCUGAAGUCCUAACCUUUUUUUCGAUUCGUGCCAAAGAAGUUAACUACAAUCAACAACAUAGUUGAAUUUUUCCGACAUGUUAUUCGUAAGGAUUCGUAUCACUUAGUGCGUAUUCAAAUGAGACUACAGGUUGUACAUAUAUAUCUUAGACAUGUGCCUAGUUCAUUACCAGCAUAGCUCUUAGUUACUGCCAUCUCAUCAUUUCGUGCACCUGCUCUAUCUUUUGAGUUUUUACCCCGUCUUUUUUUGGUUGAGGUAUUUGUUGAAACUAGUUCUGUAACAAAACGUGUCGUUGAUUGUUCAUCCAUUGGCUUAUUGGCUUGAAAAAUGUUUGAUGAUUGCAAUGCAAAGUUAGUUAAUGAUUCAUUGGAAACCAAUAAGAAAAGGUUGAUUGUUGAUCUUCA